AAGACUGGGGGUUGAUUGGUUUGAUUAGGUUUUGGGUGUCCACUAUUUGAUUUGAAAGUUUGGUUCUUCUGAGGAAUUUGUAUUUGAUUGAUUGCAGAUAGAGGUUCUUUUCUUCUUCUUCUUUUCUGUGUUGCAAGUGUAGUAGCUACUUCUAUCUUUCUCCGCCUCCAAGAGCCUUGAAAAUGGAGCCUGAGAGAAAGCUAACGGCGGCGGCUGUGGCGGCGUUCCAAGAAGGGGUCGGGUUGGUUCUGUCGCGGUGGUCGGCGCUUCAAUUGGCCGUCGACAACGAGUGGGGUGGCCGUGAAUCGCGCCUCAAGGCCGAGCAACUGGUCUCUGAUAUCGUCUCCUGGGUCAAUUUCUCCACCGAACCUCUUUAUAUAGAUGAUUUAGAAGAAAUGCUCAUUGAAGCUAUGAGUUUUCUCAAUACUGUGAUAGAGGAUGGUAGCAUUGAGGAGGUAGCUGAAAAAAUAAUGAUUAUGCAUGAAGAAUGUUUGGAUUGCAAUUUCAAGUCUAUUGAAAGCCUAAGGGAAGCCAAUAGUCGAAGAGUUCCUACUCCUCAUGUUAAACAGGUUGUCAAUGAUGAAGAAGACAGUGACGAGGAUGAUGAUGAUACUGAUCCUAGCAUGAAUAAAGAUGAUUCAUCAAACAUGAUUGUGGACAAACCAGAGUCUCAUGCAGUAGAGCCAAAGACCAAGCAGGCAGUUGAAGCAGAAGAUGGUUGGGAGGUAGUUGGACCAAGAAGAAGUAGGGGUAAAAGGAAUUAGGUUAAACCCCUUAUACUCAAUAUUAUAUGCAGACCCAGUUGUUUUCAUACCAUGUGUGUAAAAGACGUUAAUCAGUUUUAUAUAUGAUUUUGUGAUUGUUCUUGAAGCA